AUGACCACUGUUACUGCCGAAACAAAUGAUGACAAGGAUUUCAACAGUCCCAAACGUAAGAAAAAGGGUUCUAUUCAGUCUCUUUUGAAUUCAGGCUCAGAGCUACUUGCGUUGGAAAAGGAAGACAUUAUGAAUGGCUAUUAUUAUAAUCGUAACGGCAACGCUAUUGGCAACAACAAUAACAAAAACAAAAGCAUUGUAACACCAAAGAAGAAAAAGUUGAAAAGAAGCAAUUCUCCUAGUGUCCGAAAUAACAACAAUAAACAACAACAACAACAACAACAACAACAACAACAACAACAACAACAAAACCGACCCAUUAAAGGUUUACGAUUAUUCUCAAAGCAAGUUUGUGACAAAGUAGCAGAGAAGGGUAUUACUACUCACAAUGAAGUUGCAGACGAAAUGGCUGCUGAAUACGCAGCAUCUGCAACUGCAACUGUCGAUCAAAAAAACGUAAGACGUAGAGUAUAUGACGCUUUGAAUGUAUUGAUGGCUUUGGAUAUCAUUGCUAAAGAUAGAAAGCAAAUCAGGUGGCUCGGUAUAAAUAAACCCUCAUCAACCAAUGGCACUUACUAUGAUAUUGAACAAAAAAUAAAAAAAGAGGAGGAGCGUCAGCAGAGAUUAAAGCAGUCUAUUCAGAGCUCCAAAGCAGUAUUAGACGGCACAGUAAAGAGACUUGCGCAUUUAGAAACAUUAGUCAACAGAAAUCAACAGUAUCAUCAUUCGCAGCACAAGGCUUUUCUGCGGCUACCAUUUUUCUUGAUUUCUUCAGAUCAGCCUAUUCAAACUACUAAUUACAAUGAAAAGGAAGCCUCUCUCAACAUUAACUCCAAUUCAUGGACGAUCUAUCAAGAUACAGAUUUACUAACAAACUUAUGGCCUUAA